AUGGGGCCUUCGAGUGAACCGGUCUUUAAGUGGCAGGCCGAAUCCACCAUUUUCACGUCGACCGAGCUGAAAUUGGCACAGGGUGGGAAAUCCCCCCUCAAGAUCCAAUGGAACAAGAACAACAGAAGGAAAAAGGUGGAACCUGGGGUGACAGCUCCAAUCGUCCAAUGGCGUGACAAGAACAACCAAGGAUUCGAGGAGUUGAUGUUAGCCUCCGUUUCGUACGUCGAUACAGAACGAAAAAUAAACAAGUUGUUUUGUUGUUCCAUUCACGGCUUAUCUCCCCAUCUCAAUCGUAUUUUGUUUUCUUCUCUCGCAGCGGAAGCUCAACUCCUGACAGCGCUCGAAAACAGCCGAGUCCAGCUGAGUUGCGACAUCAGGGCUCCGGGCCCCGGCGACUUUCCCGUGCGGAUCCUGUGGUUCAAGGACCUCAGCCCUAGUCCCGUGUACAGUGUGGAAGUGAACUCGAGGACCGGAAGCCUCUCUCAGGUCCGCCAGAGCGCCCAGCUGAGCGGUCUUCAAGGACGUGCCUACUUCUCGGUCAUCCAGGUGCCCGCAGUGCUGAGCAUCGACGGACUCAGACACUCGGACAACGGCACCUACGUGUGUGCCGUGGACUUCAAGAAGGACUGGACGAGGAAACUCACCACGCACCUCAUCGUCAUCGUUCCCCCGAAACGACCGGUGAUCUUGGACGAGAACGAGACCAGGAUCGAGAACACCACUCGUCCCUACCGGGAAGGGGAGGACAUCACACUCACCUGCGACGUCUACGACGGGAAACCAGAGCCCGUGGUGACCUGGUGGCGAGGGUCUGAGCUCCUGCAGCAAGUUCUCAGUCGGACACCCAACGGGAAUCCCAGGGCCACGCUGUUCCGACUGAGGUUGUCCAGGGCGGACUACAUGGCCAGACUCACGUGCAGGGCCGUGAACAGCAACAUCAGCGAACCAGUGUCCACGAGCAUCAUCGUCAACAUGAAUCUGAAUCCUUUGUCGGUGGAGAUCAAGGGGUCGCGAGGUCCUCUCUCUGCCGACCUGUCGGCCCAGGUCAUCUGCCAGGUGAACGGGUCCCGUCCGGACGCCCUCAUCCGCUGGUUCCUGGGGCCCUAUCAGCUCAACGAGACCGAAACGCAGCCGAUGUCGGCCAACACCACACUCGGCGUGCUCCACUUCGUGCCCACGGACCGGGACCACGGGGCCAAACUGCGCUGCGUCGCUUCCAACCCGAUGGCUGGCGAAGGACCGACGCCGCCCCUAGAGGACUCCUGGAGCCUCGACGUCCACUACAAGCCCGUGGUGCAACUGAGGCUGGGCAGCGGUCUGAACCCGGCGAGCAUCCACGAGGGCAUCGACAUCUACUUCGAGUGCACCGUCAGGGCCAACCCGGGCGUCAGCGAGGUCUCGUGGCAGUUCAACCGCAAGGACCUGCACACGGACGGCGGACGGGGAGUGAUCGUGAGCAACCAGUCGCUGGCGCUCCGCAGCGUGAAUCGAACCAACAGCGGGUUCUACGCCUGCCUCGCCGCCAACACCGAGGGAGAGGCCCAGAGCAACCGGCUCAAGCUCAGGGUGCUACACGCUCCGGCAUGCCGGUCCCCCCAGCGGCAGUACUCGCACGCAGUGGCCAAGCACGAGGCGGUCGAGGUGUCCUGCGACGUGGAAGCGGAUCCUCAGGACGUGUCCUUCGCCUGGAGCUUCCACCAGGGACACCGGAACCUCAAGCUGGCCACCAACGCCUUCUCUGUGACGGCGCCCAACAGCGACAGCAACUCCGCGCGUUCCGUCCUGCUCUACACGCCCAAGACAGACGCGGACUACGGAAGCCUCUUCUGCCUCGCCCGCAACGCGGUCGGAGAGAGCGCUGAGCCGUGCGUCUUCCAGGUCAUCCCGGUCGGUCCUCCCAUGACGCCGUUCAACUGCACCGUGGAGGAAGUGACGUCAGAGAGUGUUCACGUGACCUGCCAGCGCAGCGGUACCGCCCAGCAACAGACGUUCCUGUUGGAGCUGCACGACGGCCAAAGCCCGCCCAUCGCCACCAACUUCACUUCCGGUCAAGCCAGCUUCCGGGUCCACUCGCUGAGACCGGCCACCAGGUACCGACUGGUGCUGUACGGAAUAAACGCCAACGGACGCAGCGAACCCGUCCACAUGACCUUCUACACUCUCCCCGUCGAACGCAGUCUGGCCAGCCAAGGCAAGUCUACUCGUAGAUGA